AUGCGAUCCCUUAUGUGUUUAUUAAGUGUGUUUGUGUUGUGUUAUUUGCAUGUUGUUUGCUGUGCUAAUGAAGCAUCGGAUAUUCAAAGGAUAUUUCUACCAUGCAAGAUGUCAUCGCCAGAUUUCGAUCUAUGUAUGAAAAGGGCAUUCAACAAGCUUCGACCGUAUUUCAAAACAGGUGUACCGGAAAUGGGCGUCGCACCAUUUGACCCUCACUUCGCAAAGGAAGUGAAGCAAUCUCGAGCGAUCCGUGGUGUCGGGUACACGCUCACGCUGAACGAUGUGUUCGAGAGGGGCUGGACACAGUCGACAGUCACCAAAUACAAAACGGACUGGGAGAAUCAGCGGAUCAUCUACUCCCAAUAUUUCCCAGAGAAAUGGCUCAAUGGCGAUUACGAAUUCAAGGGAGACGCAUUCGGACUGGGCGUUAUACAGUCCGGACGUUGGAACCUGACGCUGCGCGACUACUCACAAACGACGCGUAUCAAAAGAAACGGCACUGGACUCGAUGUUCAUGUCGAAGUCGAUCACAUUGGCGACAUGGAGAUACAUGUCGGCAACCUACUCAGAGGCAAUGGGAUACUCGAACGUAUGUUAGACCGUCUAAUCAACGUCACCUGGAAGCCGGGCUUCGCGGUAAUCAGACCACUCAUCAACGACCUCGUCAGCACAGCCUUCACGGACAUCUGGAGCACGUCCUUUAAGAAUUUCCCUCUUGAGAACUUCAUUAAACCAUGA